UACAAAAUUUUGAGAGCGAAUCACUUCAUUCCUAGGUGAUUCAGAUCCAAUCACCAUACGAAUCAUGAAAAAAUCGUUGUCUUCUCUAAUUUUUAUCGGAAAUUUAUCGAAAACAGAUGUCAAAACACAGACAGCUGCCAAAACAAAGCAUGAAAAAUAAAUAAAGAAUAAACAAUUAAAGAUAAAAUGGAUGCAAAAGUUCAAAUGGUGAAGAAAAUAAUUAUGUCGAGGAGGUUGUUGGCCACAACUAGGGUGAGUGAAGAGGCAAAAGUAUGUUCCGCAGUAUUACGGCAUCUCCAGGAUAAGCAUUUGCUGCUUUUGGAGGAAUUGGAUCUUUUGUAUGCUUUGAACGAAUCACUUGGCUCCGAAAGAAGAUUAAUUUGGAAAAAAGAACGAACUCAAUCCUUCUUUGAGAAAGAUUGUCAGAAAGGAGAUGAAGUUUUUUUUAAAAACAACUUCAGAAUUAGCCGACAACUUUUUUAUAAAUUAUGCGAACUACUGCCAGAUCUGCGAAAAAGUGAUACAAAUAUGCGAGAAGCGAUACCAUUGGAAAAACGAGUUGCUAUAGCUCUAUAUGCUCUAGGGUCAUCUUCCGAGUAUCGCACAAUCGCAAAUAUGUUUGGCGUGGGAAAGGCAACCGUAUGCAAAAUAUUAUUGGAUUUUUGCAAUGAGGUCUGGAGAGUUUUGGCUCCAAUAUAUUUAAAAAACUUUCCGUUGACAGAAGACAAAAUUAAAGGCUUGGUGCAAGAGUUUGAAACAUAUGGAUUUCCCCAAUGUAUGGGAGCACUUGAUGGAUGUCAUAUUGAGAUUCACCCACCCAAGGAAGACGCUACAGACUACCACAACUAUAAGGGAUGGUAUUCAAUCGUACUGCUAGCAUUGGUGGACGCCAGAUGUCGUUUUAUAUAUGUUAGCUCCGGCAGCCCAGGACGCUGCAACGAUUCUCAAAUUUUUCAGACAUCUUCUCUAAAGCAACAAUUGGAUGAAUGUGUCCUUUUAAGCGAAUUGAAAAAAACUAUUUCCGAUGUUGAUGUACCGGUUUUUAUAAUUGGGGACUCGGCAUUUCGGUUAAGUGACAAGCUAAUGAAGCCGUAUCCGUUUCAUAUUUCACAAAGCCGCCAACAAAAGCUCUUCAACUACAGAUUAUCUAAAUCUCGCAGAGUAGUAGAAAACGCAUUUGGACACUUGAAGGCUCGUUUCAGGCGUAUUGGCAAAGGAAUAGAUAAUUCCAUAAAAAAUGCAAACGCCAUAAUAUUAUCGUGCUGCGUGCUUCACAAUUUUUUAAACGAAAAUAAUGAUAAAAUAAAUGAAAAGUGGAUGCAAGCUUUACAAGUUGUGGAAGCAAACCGCGCGUAUCCUGAAUAUGUAGCGGUACUAGCGGAACAACGAAACAAUCCAGAAAGUAUAAGAAACGCUAUUUCUUCUUAUUUGUCUCUAGCGGAAGUCGAUGGUGCCGGUGAAUCUUCCGACAUAUUUGGCGAUGGCAGCGGCGAAGCUAUAGUUAUGGGUGGUGAUGGCACCGGCGAAAUUACAGGUAUGGAUGGUGAUGGCAGCGGAGAAGUUAUAGGAAUGGAUGGUGAUGGCAGCGGAGAAGUUAUAGGAAUGGAUGGUGAUGGCAGCGGCGAAGUUGCAGCAAUUGAUGGCGAUGGCAGCGGUGAAGCAGAAUACGCUGAUGGUGAAGGCAAUGGUGAACCCGGGAUUGAACACAACGACUGGGAGUUUAUGUCUUAAAAAAUAAAUAUGUAAAUAAAUUUAAUAAAUUAUGUAUGCACGGUACCGGUAAAUAUUUAUGAAUAAAUUAUCUAUAUACAUACUAUUUACACUGUCGACCAACA